CUGGUCUAAUGAUGGAAGGAAAAUACAACAAAAGCCCAAGACAACAUUGAGUAAGAUAGGGUUUUCUGAGCAACUAAGCUGUUUGCUUUGGAAACAGCUUUCAAACAUAGUUGUUGAGUUUGCCUCUCAUGGUUUCUGCAGUUAUGGCGCCUCUCAUAGGGUUUUUCCUGUUCUCCUUGCUUGCCAUAGGACUACAGGAUGCAGAUGCUGUCUAUCCAGCCUGGAUGGGUAAAGAGCAAAUUAAUGUUCAAGAGUAUAAUGCCCAAGUGCCCCAGGCUCCCCACCACCAGCAGCAGCUGCCUCAGCAGCAAGUGUACCAGCCCCAGGUCCCCGUGCAGCAGCCUCAGCAGCAAGUGUACCAGCCUCAGGUCCCCGUGAAGCAGCCUCAGCAGCAAGUGUACCAGCCCCAGGUCCCUGAGAAGCAGCCAGUGACACAUCCUAGGAAACUUCACCUGACCCAGGGUUCAACAAGGCAGCAACAGGUCUCUCAGCAGUCUGAUUUGAAAAAGCCAAGCUACCAAGCAAAGCGUCUCAGCCAUCAAAUCCAGCCGCCCAGCAAACCUCAGUACCUGCAGCGCUUCAAAUCUAGGAAGGCUAAACAGGCGCCAAAGCAGUGAAGAAACAACCAUUUAAAUAAAAGUUUCUGAAGUGA